UUCGAUCGUUACUUCACAAAUUGCAUCGAGCUAGCAAGCCCAUGCUGCGUGCUUGUGUUUUCUCAACAUGGCGCAGUCAUAGCCGCAAGAGAGGUCUUUCGACGGCCGCAAACAAUACUCUGAGUCCUCACCACUCCAUUUAUGUGUCAAAUUCCAGUAAUCCGUACUUCAACCUGUCCCUGGAGGAUUGGUUGUUUAGACAUAAAAACCAUAAGGAGCCCCUUCUCUUGAUCUACAGAGAUGUCCCUUGUGUUGUCAUUGGUCGUAACCAAAACCCAUGGAAGGAAGUAAACAUGGUCGCAUCCAGGACAACUGGCGUUCCAUGGAUACGUAGACGCAGCGGUGGCGGCACUGUAUACCACGAUCUAGGCAACACGAACUUCUCCAUCCACCUACCGCGCUCGUCGUUCGACCGGCAUGCCACUGCCCAAGUGGUCUUACGAGCUGUUCGCUCAUUAGGCGUCGAUGCAAAUAUUAAUGAUCGUAACGACAUCUGUGUCGGGAAGGAUAAGGUCUCUGGCUCGGCGUACAAGAUCGUGAACAACCGGGCAUACCAUCACGGAACCAUGUUGAUAUCUACAAGACUAGACGUGCUAGGAGAUCUGUUACGCUCUAACAAGCCUACAAUGGAGACAAGGGGUGUAGCCUCCGUGCGUUCUCCUGUUUGCAAUUUGCAACAGUAUGAGCCCUCAGUCAGCCACGAAGGUUUUGUAGAAGCUGUCAUAGACAGCUUCAGACAAGAGUACAAUAUUGAAGAUUCAACACAUACCGUUGAGGAGAACGUAAAUACCCUAGGUAUCGAUUAUAUUCAUAAAGGCAUGGAAGAACUACCUAGAUGGGAUUGGGCUUUCGGCCAAACUCCGGAAUUUACUUACAACAUUUCGCGGACGUUUGAUUGGGGCACGGUGACCGCACGGAUACGCUCGAAGCAUGGAAUAAUCUUAAAUUGUUCCUUCGAAUUGCCGGACGGACAUCAGUCCAUCUCUGAUGACCUGGUGCAAGACCAAUCGAGGCAACUAGAAGGACAAAGAUAUGGAUUCCUUGAUGAGACGAAGGAAGGAAUCCAGAGAAUGAUGGAGGGACCUGGUGCAGAAAUCUGGCAAUGGCUGAAAAUGGAGAUGGAUACUUGACCAUGUAGACAGAGGAUUGGUUAUGAUACCAGAGCUUAGAUGAUACACCACUAGAAGGCAAGAUUGUAAUAGCAGAUGGUGCAAACUGGUUACGAGGUUUCUACUCUUUCCGUAUACCAUAUACUGCUGGUCUC